UGCAACGGAGGGGACGACACCUUCAAAGACCAGCCCUUCCUCCUUAGAAGUGCCGAAGACUAUCGAGAAGCUUUGCAGAGCGUCCACAGAGCGGACUUUGGAUUGAGUGGAGAAGGACAUUCGCGGGCCGUCCAGACUGUAGACCCGAAACAGAUCAACACCUAGAAUGGCCACCGCAAGCACUUCUGGACAAAGCACCUUUGGGCUGGGCAGGAAGAAGAAGGCCCCUGGCAUCCUGGACCAGAUUGGCAAUUUCUUUGGGGGGGACAAAAAGAGAAAGGGAAAGGGCUCAUUUCGUGGUCACCUCUCCUCCUCUCCACAGAGACCCCAUCACUCCUCAACCCGUCGCCGUGGAGAUGUUAACCCCGUGGUGCAUUUCUUCAGGAGCUUUGUGUCCUCUCCUCGUCCCAAGUCGAGGUGGAGAGAACUAUUGGGCCUGGCUUCCCCGUCACAGCGUGGCUCGGAGAGCAUUAGAUCCCCUCAGAGACGCAGAAGAGAACAGAAUACACUCUCCAGAAUCUUCAACCUGGGAGAAAGCAGAUCUCGCUCUCCACCCAAACGCUGGAGCACCAUCUUCUGAGCCCUUCUCCAACCAGAAAAACACCAAGAUGGAAGAGAGUGAAAGAGAUGAGGAGCGAAAACCAGAAAGGGAUGAUCUCUGCCCUACAGAUUCACAAUUUGCCGCAAGUUUAACAGACUAACAUUGGCCAUCUUCGCUUCCUAGAUAGAGAUACAAUCCAAGUAUCUGUUGUUACAGGCCUGCAGGGUUUCAUAAGUAUGUGUUGACUGUAUGUGUUUAAAAGUGCAAACAUUUGUCUGGUCAGGUGAUACAAUAGCUGAAAGUCUGGUUGAUAUUACAAAAAUCUUUACAAUGUAGUUGAAAUGCUCAAAGAUGAACCAUGAGCCAUGACCAACAUUAGUCUCAUUUGACAGAACUAGAAAAGCACCAUUUUUCCUUGACAGUUUAAACAGUAAAACACCAUUAACGCCAUAUUGUCUGAAGCUUUAAACAUGAAAAUAAGAAGAAGAAAUUUAGGUCAACCCUUCUCAGAUACUGUGUCUCUUACACGACAGGUUGCUUGUGUGCACAUUUGAUGCAUUGGGCCUUAUGCUACAGCGAAGAAGUCUUCGUUUUUUUUUAGAUCAAUGUUCAGCCUUAGUGAUUUGCAGCGUAUAGUGUAUGUGUAUUGUGGUCCUUGUGUUGUUAGAUAUGAGUUAUUUCUUUGUAUCAAGAAUUUUGUAUAUAUGAUUCUUUAUUGUGUUUUGAGCGACAUAAAAACUAUGACCUGUUAACAUUCAGUAUAUCUACAUAAUACUACGUUGAUUAAUUUGAAGUUAUUUAGCUUUUAAGUAGAAAGACUAAGAAAAUCAUUUGGUUGAAAGGGAAUAGAUUCUAAGCAUAAGCAGCUUAGAUUGAAUUGCCCUCAGGUGUUGCACUGUGUAAAAAAAAGCUUGUCAAUGUUGUCUGUGUCACUAGAUGUGCAAGUUCAAUGUUAUUUUAGAAAGAACUCACAUAAUUAGGGGAAGGAUUCAUUUUUAAAUAAUCGACAUGCAGAAAUCUAAAAGGUAACAAAUGGUACAAAACCGAUGAAAGGGGAAGGGAAAUGGAAAGUGCAAGAGGGAAGUUGUGAGAAAUGAGAACUAAAAUGGAAAUUUGAAAGAGCGAGGUGGAGUUUGUUCAGCUGAUUUUUAAGGUAUGUUAUUAUGUGAUGUGUCUUAAUAUUGUUCAUUGUUUCAUGUCUCAUAGACUCUUCCUGUAUGUAUUGUUGAUGAAAUAGUGCUGAAUAAACAUUAGGUCAAAUAUUCUCCCUGUCAGCGCUGGAUUUGUCUCAAACAUGGUGCUACACUUUAUAUUGGGAUAUUCUAAGGUGGCCAGGUGUUAUGAUGUCAUAUCUUUAACUCCCUUGAUUUAUAAAGUAACGGUAAAUAAAAUCUCAGAAAUGUA